UGUGUAACAUACAACUCACUAUCACCUUGGACAAGCCUUAUAUCCCGCCUCUCCUAUCUCUGCAUGCUGAGCCAUAUCGCUGCCCGAAAUGAACUUCCAAAAACUGGCAAACAACCGGUUUCUCCAGAGCAAGCGUUCCCGCCUCUUAGCAUUCAUUGCCCUCGUUCUGAUCCUAGCCAUCACCAUCCCUCCAACAGUAGUCGUCCCACUCCGAAAGGAAAACAUGGGACCGAAAUCGAAGGUUUUUGUCCCUCUCUAUGUGUAUCCUGCUCCUGGCGCGUGGACGCCUUUGGAGAAUGUAGUCGCCACACACCCGAGUGUUAAUUUUAACGUUGUGAUUAAUCCUGGCAAUGGGCCGGGUCCGAAUGCCCUGCCGGAUGCGAAUUACACGCGUGAGAUACCAAGGCUUGCUCUAUACUCUAAUGUGCGGCUUUUGGGAUACGUUCCGAUUACUUAUACAAAUCGUGAUAUUGGCCUCGUGCGCAGAGAUGUUGAGACGUAUGCAGGAUGGCCAGUUAACGGUUCUAAUCCGGACCUCGCGGUCCAGGGUAUAUUCUUCGAUGAGACGCCGCAGGAAUAUGAUGAUCGUGCCUUGGGGUAUUUUCAGGAACUCAGGGACUUGGUAAAGGGGAGUUCGGGGCUGGGUCCUGAUAACCAGGUAUUCCACAACCCCGGCGUCGUCCCCGACUCCCGCUACUUAUCAACAGCCGAUUCCAUCGUAGUCUUCGAAGCAACAUACGAUACCUUCCAAGAGCGUCGCAAAGCAAAGGUAUUCAAAACUCUAUCCGACAACAACCGUGGACAGCUCUGCGCGGUCAUCCAUUCUGUCCCAGAUAGCAUACAAGGCUCUAAGCUGCGCAGUCUGGUCAAGGAGGCCCGGAAGGUUGCUGAGGAGGUCUAUGUUACGCAUUUGAGGGUGGAUUAUUAUGCGGGUUUCGGGCAUAGUUGGGGUGAUUUUGUCGAUUUGAUGGCGGCUUGAACUGUGAAUGUAGCAUUCUAUGCUUAUGUUGUCUGCGUUAUUAUGAUAUACAUGUAUUCUUUGUUUAUUCUUCGUCUAUAGUACUCUUACAAAAAGCAGAUAGAAACUGGUAUUUGCCAAUACACCCCAUA